AUGGCCAGCGAUGCGGUUUCCACCGGCUCGGCCAAGGUCGAUGCCAUUGUGCAGAACGUCAAGGCCGCUGAGCCUCAAAAGCUGUCUGGCUUGGCUCUGUACUCUCGCUUCGCCCUGGCCGGUGCUGUCUGCUGCUCUGUUACCCACGGCGGUCUUACCCCCGUUGAUGUCGUCAAGACCCGUAUUCAGCUCGACCCCAAGACCUACAACCGUGGCUUGCUUGGUGGCUUCCGUCAGGUUGUCCAGAAUGAGGGUGCUGGCGCUCUCCUGACUGGUGUCGGUCCCACCUUUGCUGGUUACUUUCUGCAGGGUGCUUUGAAGUUUGGUGGUUAUGAGUUCUUUAAGCAACAGUGGAUCAAUAUCCUCGGAUACGAGACGGCUUCUCAGAACCGCACUGCUGUCUACCUUGCAUCUUCCGCCACUGCCGAGUUCUUCGCUGAUAUCGCUCUCUGCCCCCUUGAGGCUACCCGUAUCCGUCUCGUUUCUGAGCCCACCUAUGCCAAUGGACUCAUUGGUGGCUUCUCCAAGAUGUUGAAGAACGAGGGUGUUGGUGCUUUCUACGCUGGUUUCGGUCCCAUUCUUUUCAAGCAGAUUCCCUACACCAUGGCCAAGUUUGUGGUUUACGAAAAGGUUGCCGAGGCUGUCUUCCGUGCUUACCCCAAGGAGUCCCUCUCGGACGGCAUGCAGACCGUUGCCAACCUGGGGUCUGGUCUUAUUGCUGGUUUCGCUGCCGCCAUCGUUUCUCAGCCUGCCGACACUAUGCUCUCCAAGAUCAACAAGACCAAGGGUCUUCCUGGUGAGGGCACUACCUCUCGUCUCAUCAAGAUUGCCAAGGAGCUUGGUAUCCGCGGUUCUUACACUGGUAUUGGCGCCCGUCUCUUCAUGGUUGGUACUCUAACUGCUGGCCAAUUCGCCAUCUACGGCGAUCUCAAGAAGGCUCUUGGUGCCACUGGCGGUGUCGAGAUUGCCAAAUAA